GGGGGGGGUAUGAUGGAGUGGUACCUUAGGUAGGUAGAUAGGUGGGUAUGUAAGGUUGGUAGGUAGGUAAGGGUAUUUAAGGGAUAGGAAGUUACCUCAUUUUCUUUCGUGUCUUCUUGUCUUCUUUCUUACUUAUCUAUUGAUUAUCUGGAAGGAAGGAAACUUGAUCGCUUCUUUGUUUCUUGGUUGGUAUAUUGAGUCAGUGAAGAAGUGACUGGGUUUGAUGAUUGAUUGAUUGGCUGUCUGAUUGAUUGAGUGAGAUACACAAAGAUAUACAACAACAACAAUCAAGCAAACCAUCAGAAAAUCAAAACAAUGUCUUCUUCCACACUCCUCCGCCACACAUCCCGGCUCGCCGUGCUCUCACGGCCCAGCCUCCGAAUCUCACCACGAACAUUCACAUUUAGCACGUCGACGCUGCGCCCGCUGAAAGAGAGCGAUCACGAUACGCCGGACCUAGCGGAGAAGAACGAGAUUCAUAAACAGGACCUGUUGAGGAAGCAGAAGGAGGGCAAAGGGCAUUGGAAGCCUGAGCUCGCGAGUAAUAGUGAGGAGGCGGUAAAAGCGGAUCGGAGUACAGACCAGAAUCUCGACGAGCUGCAGAGGAAAACCGCGGAACAUGCAGAGAAGAAGCAUAAACAUGGCACCAGUCAGGAUCCGGGAUUGUAGGAUAGGAGGGGAC